UCACUGAUGAAGGAGGAGGAGGAGUGAGGCAGCAGGGAUACGGUAACCUGCAGGACUCACAUGGUCCCUCCGCUGCGGAGCUCACAACCACUGGGACCCUCUCCACCUUUCACGCUUAACUACGUUCUAAAAAGAGUUAUUUACCCUCCUGCGCUUUUGUUUUUACAGCUUUUUUCUCGUCCUAAACUGUUAUCUUGCGUCCUCCCCGCCGCAGCCCAGAGUGUCGGGCCGGUAAAGCAGCGACAUGGCUCGGGAGAACGGAGUCACCGGCAGCGGGGAGACGUGGAAAAAACAGGUCGACGACAUCAAGAAGAUUUUUGAUUUUAAAGAACUCCUCGGAACAGGGGCAUUUUCAGAGGUGGUCCUAGCCCAGGAGAAGCUGACCAGCCGGAUGUUUGCAGUGAAAUGUAUCCCUAAGAAGGCUUUGAAGGGGAAGGAGAGCAGCAUUGAGAACGAGAUCGCUGUGCUGAGGAAGAUCAAGCAUGAAAACAUUGUGGCACUGGAGGACAUCUAUGAGAGUCCAGACCACCUGUACCUGGUGAUGCAGCUGGUUUCUGGCGGGGAGCUGUUUGACCGAAUAGUGGAAAAAGGAUUUUACACGGAAAAGGAUGCAAGCACGUUGAUCCGGCAGGUCCUGGAUGCUGUCAACUACCUGCACAAGAUGGGGAUUGUGCAUCGAGACUUGAAGCCUGAGAACUUGUUGUAUUUUAAUCCUCAAGACGAAUCCAAGAUCAUGAUCAGCGACUUUGGUCUGUCCAAGAUGGAGGGCAGCGGCGAUGUCAUGUCCACAGCAUGUGGCACGCCGGGAUAUGUGGCUCCGGAGGUUCUCGCCCAGAAGCCAUACAGCAAAGCUGUGGACUGCUGGUCCAUUGGAGUGAUCGCCUACAUCCUGCUGUGUGGUUAUCCUCCAUUCUACGAUGAAAAUGACUCAAAGCUGUUCGAGCAGAUCCUUAAGGCCGACUACGAGUUUGACGCUCCGUACUGGGAUGACAUAUCGGAUUCAGCCAAGGAUUUUAUCAGCUGUCUGAUGGAAAAAGAUCCGGCCAAGAGAUUCACCUGUGACCAGGCUCUGAGACAUCCCUGGAUUGCUGGCGAUACAGCUCUCUGCAAGAACAUACACGAGUCAGUCAGCCGGCAGAUCCGGAAGAACUUUGCCAAGAGCAAAUGGAGGCAAGCCUUCAAUGCCACCGCUGUGGUGCGGCACAUGAGGCGGCUGCAGCUUAGCAGCAGUAUUGGCAGCAGCAUGGAUGCCUCUAACCCAAGGUCGACUCAGGCGCAGAGGAUGGUCCAAAACCAGAGCCAGACGGGCCAAAACCACACAGCUCCAAGCCAAACCAGCAGCCAGGGGGCGCAAAGCCAGAGCAGCAAAAACCCUGUGGAAAACAACAUUUCUGCUCCCCACAAAGAAUGUGUCCCGGCACCCGUCACUCCCUGCAGUCUGGCUUCCACAGCAUCGUCUCCUGCCGCUGGAACAGAACUGAACCGGCCCCACCCUUCAGCGGUGCCCGCCCCUAUGAUGACUGAGACCAAGUGACGCCAGGUCACGCGGGGCACCAGCUGGGAGGCCACGGCGCUAUGAGAACCGCCCGAGAGGAGCAUGAGGAUGGUAUUCCUCUUUACCCCUCCCCCUCUCUCACCCCUCUACUGGUACCCUGCCUUGCUCCAAGGAGAGCAGAGGACUUCACCCCACCGCCCCACUUCAGAGGACAGCGUGUAGGACGAUCUGCCUGUGGUUCUGCUGCAAACGAUGGCAUCUUAUUAUUCAGCAUCGGUCAACUUUCCUCCUGAAUCCGGUCUUUCCUGCAACACUUUAUUCAGAGUUUUCCCUCUUAGUUUUGACUGUUGACAACUAGUUUUUUUUUUAUUGUUUUAUUUGAAAAGCGGAAUGUGUAGAAGACAUCCCCGCUUUAUUAUAGCUACUGUAAAUAAGCCAUAGCCAAGAGAGCGGCGUCAGUUCAUCGCAGUUGGCUUCUUGUUCCGCUGUUAACAUUUCUCCAAAUUUGGGCCCAUCUCCCAUAAUUCCUUUGGGUCACUUUGUCAUCCUUCUGAGUGUUGAUGACUAUCAACUCUCCUCUGUGUAACGACUACACUUGUUUACACAAAUUCUAACUAAAUUAACCAUAAAUUUGCAUCACUUUAUUUUUACAGAACAUCUUUAUCACCUGUGUCUGUGUUCGUCCGUUCGUGCUUAAAGAAGUGCUUUAAAAGUACCAUAUGACUGUUGAUGUGUGGAAACAUGAGUCAGCGCUUUAUCUUUUUUGCACAGAGGUUCAGAUGUGUGGUCUAAGACUAACGAGCUGCCAUGUGUUUAUCAGAAAGAGAGCAGAUUGUAAACCUAUACAAACUAUGGAUGUCAGAGCAUUGGAAAGCCUGUUAAAUGUAUACAAAAAUAUCUUUAUUUUCUUACUUUUUAAAACUUUUGUAACAAUCUCCCUUUAAGGGAUGCUCCUACAGGUUACUAUGAAACAUUCAGCAUGUGGAUGAGGCCAGUAUCUGGGCUGUAAAUGGUGGUGACAAAUUUCAAACGACAUUCUCAAAAGAAUCUCCAAGAAAUCCUUAAAUCGUAAGAGUUUCUUAUGUUGUUGUUUGAAUUAAAAGUUUGGGUGACAAAUUUACUCUUACAAUAGUCAGGUGUAAUGGGCAUCUUUAACCUUCCUAGACAGCUUUUAUUUUGUUUGAGAGGCAAAAAGUGGAGAAAAUGUUAAACAAAAUGAAUUUCACUCAAACCGAGACAGUUUGACUGAACAAAUAAAAUGGUUAGCAUCACUUCAGCAGUUUCUCUACAGUUAUGCGUUCUGUGAUCCAGACAGAUGUAUAAAACCUCUCACAAGGGUGUCGUACUGAUUCAGUGGGAAAGGGUUUCAACUGAUAAUUUUCACCAUUUAUAACGAUUUUGUCUCCAACCAGCCAUCAGCAUGGAGAUACUGGCCUAAGAACAGAUGCGUGACUGUGUUUACUGGGAAGCGACUUCCAGACAACAACAGUAGUCUGGCUUCCUUCACACUGGAUUAAGAUCUUGUCAUCUAUGAGAAAGUGGCUGGAUUGUAGCGAUUUUGGAGAUUGAGAAUGCACCCGAGACGUCACUAUGAUCGACGUACAAGACGAUAUGUUUUUUUUUCCUCCUACUUUUUUUACAAUUCCACAACUAAAUAUGCCCCCAUAUUAGCAUCGGGCAUCUGUCUGAUCAGAUACCCAACAGAGUGGUGCCUGUAACAAGUUCCAGCCACAUGGAUCUAUUUAAAAUAGAAACAAGUACAUUUGCUUAUAUUCUGUAUUGGCAAGUACUCAAAUAUGAUCUACCAGUCCAAUGUUGAGGAUCAAUUGAAAAUGUUAUUGAUUUUCGUGGAAACAUUUGAAAUGAGUCUGAUUAGAAUUUAAAGCAAGUAUACAUGACACACGUGGACACGGUCAGAGGUGGAAAUUGCAGCUACAAUGGCAAAUUUGCAAAACCAAUUGGCUUAAAACAUUGUUUUCAUGCCUCAUAAAAGUUCUAAUAUUUAGCUGUUAAUAUAUUGUGGAGAUUAAAAAACACGAAAAAAAAGAUUAAAGUGGUUUUCUCGCAUUUUUCUAAAAACCUCCACCAUUAAUGUUUCAUACCAAAGUCAACCAUCUGGUUGUUGGUCUCACCGAGCUGCCGCACUUCCCUGGGUCCUCCAUUUAUUAGGUACUUGCAUAUUUAGCAACAGAACACUCAAUAUCAGAAAAGGAGAAACAGCUGGCUGCUACCACUUUAACUAGUCCCAAAAAGG